CGCGGAACCGUUCAGCCGGACCUCCCGGACGUGGAUCUUGCGCUCUUCCAUGCGACACCGCACCACUUUGACGAUAUCCCGAGGUUUCAUCUCCAAAGUGGGGAAGUUCCAUUUGCCGUGAAUAGGGAUGGAUUCGAUACAAGUGAAUGUCAAUGCUGCCCUCUAGAGAAAGUCAUCAGGUCUGAAACUUGAGCUGUGUCUUUUAUACAGGAAUUCGACCGGCAACUGCUUUGACCCUUUUGACCUCCGUCCUGCUUGGGGAAGUGUGUCUUCCUCUUACUAAGGCUGAUCCUGCAAUUAUACAUCAGUUUUUCUUCCUAGGAAUUGCUUUGAGUCUUAAGCAACCAGGCAAGACAAACAUAAAGAAAUUGCAAGAACUACCCAAAGGAGGAGACACAAAUGAGCUUGCAUGUCCAGUAAGUUUGCUUUCAAUAUUGCUUUAACUCUAGCGCACCCAAAAAUGAAAACACUGUCAUCAUACAGUACUCACUAUCAUGUCAUUCCAGAUCUAUAUGACUGUUUCUUCUGGGUGAACUAUCCCUUUAGGUUCAUAUGACAAGCUUCAUCAAUUUGAGCAUGUUGUCCACCAAAUAAGCUACAAACUUAGGUCUUUUACACAAAGACAAGGGUCAAGUUAUAUUGGAAGGAAAGUGAUCAGGUCUGAAAAUUAGUCAUUCACUGGGAAAAUACCUCUCCAACAAAUGGAGAUGUAUUUAAACAUGCAUGAUUGUGCUUAAUAACUAUGAAACUAUAAGGUUAGAUUUACAAUUCAUACACCGCACUUGCCCCUCUAUUAAUUGCUAAUUUACUCAAAUUUACUCAACCCCUAAUCAGAAAUUAUACAAUAGAGAAAUAGAGAUUGGUCAACUAAUUUGAUUUAUGGCAUAACCUGAUCGCCAAACCCAACAUUAACAGUAAGUGUUUUGUCCUGUUAGUUCUGCUCUAAUUAUUUUCUUUGAUAAUUAUGAUGUAAAUUACACUUAAGUCUCCAUCCUAAUCCUUUCUUUUUUUUUAACUCUUUGAGAUUUUUGUUGACAGUUUUGCUGAUGACCGUUAUGAAACCCAAAAUGAAGCCGUUAACACACCUGUGGUGUGUCUGUUUGUGCUUAAAGACUUGCAGAAAGAUCUAGUUUGGGUGUGUUAAUGAGGUUCGUUGGUGAGAGACACUUGUAGUUGAACUGCAAUUUUUCCAAAAAUCAAGAUUAAAAUAAAAUGAUAUAGUUUUAGAUGAAGUUAUGCAAGUCACACCACAGAGUACAAAACAUUUACUAAUGUAUUUAAUAGUGGUCUCGUCAUAACAAUCUUGAAUCUUCCUGUUAAAUAUAAAAUGAGAACAUGAUCUCUCUCAAAUUGCUAUACAAGUCAAUUAAAAUUAAUAUUAACAUUCAAAAAGGUCUUUUAAUUAAAUGCAUAGUAUUGUGCUGAGAUAUUAAUUUCUAUGGAAGAUUAAGACUGAAUAGUGAAGUAAUAAAAGUAAUUUUCUUAAUCACAGUUUUUGUCUAAUCUUUCAGUAAAAAAAAUGUCUCUUUGCACAUUAACCUCACUUAAUUUUGUUAAAUUUAUGCUUAAAAGAAGCAAAAGCAAUUUUCCUGUACUGGAAGACAAGACAAAAAUACUUUUUUAUUAUUUUUAUACAGUAUGAAGUUGUUUGAGAAAAGCCCAGAGCUUGCUGAAAUCUAGACAAAUGGUUGUGAAUUUGAAAAAAGUGUUCAUUUAUUUACAUAAUUCUAAUACUUGCAUUGUAUUUUAAUGACUAUUCCACAGUAUUUAGUACUGUGGAAAACAGUAAUGAGGUGUGACCCUAUUGUAUAACUAUCAUAAAUGUAUAUUCCAUACAUAAUCAUGCUUAUGUGCUCCUUUAUGCUGGCAUUGCUCAAUUAAAAUGAUAUUCUUAUAGGCCUAUCAAUUAUCAGAACAAUUAUACUAAACCGUAAUUUUGCACCAUUAGUUUCUCAAAUUAACCCGCGUGAUUCAUCUCAAAUCCUUCCCUCCCUUUCAUGAGACAAGGAAAUACUUUAGGCACUUCAGUUACUCAUGUGAAUGGGUUGGGAAUGGAGAUGUGAAUAUAUAUACCGGACUACAGCAGAGAGAGGUGUCACAGCACAAGAAGCCGUGGUUCCAGCCAGACUUACUUUGCUUCGGUAAUUGAAGUUCACUUAGAACUUUUACUCUCUUCAGAUUCAACAUCACUCCGGAAGAAAGAACAGCAAACAUGUAAGUAAUCAACUUAAAAUGAUCAAGUUAUGCGUUGUAUUUAGUACAUCUUUUUAUAUUCUGGUGAAAUUUAGAGAAUAAGUCCUUGAAAGAUGUUACAGACCUACAGUAUACAUCUAGAUGACAAUAUCACUCUCAUUCUUUCUUUUUCUGCACCUCACAGCAUGUCUGUCUUUAAGUAUGGCCAGUUCAACAACUACUGCAACAUCGGCCGUUUCCCAGGCAUCAAACUCGGGCAGUAUGACCAUUGCUGGGGACAAGGCUACGUGCCGGUGUACAGUAAACCUUGUGUGGACCCUUGCGUGAAGCCUUGUGUGGACCCUUGCGUGAAGCCUUGUGUGACUCCUUGUGUGGACCCUUGUGUGAAACCUGUUUUCAAUCCUUGUGUGGACCCUUGUGUGAAGCCUUGUGUGACUCCUUGUGUGACUCCUUGUGUGACUUCUUGUGUGAAACCUGUUGUCAAACCUUGUAUGACUCCUUGUGUGACUCCUUGUGUGAAACCUGUUUUCAAUCCUUGUGUGAAUCCUUGUGUCAACCCUUGUGCUAACCCUUGCGCUAACCCUUGUGCCAUCCCUUGCGACUAUGUGAGACCUCGCUGUUAUUACGACUGCAAGGAAGUCUUCCCCAAGGAUUGCGCUGAUGACUGCGUGCGUACCUGUGAAGAUUUGGUUCUGCAGGUACGUUGCGUUGACCUGAUGAAAUCCUGGAAGUGUCAGAAUCGUCAGGAGCAUCACACCAGCUGUUUCCGUAAUGAUCACCUCAUUGUCCGUAGAGGACAGUGUUUCCAGAUGUGGAUUGAGCUGUCCCGCCCAUUCAAUCCAAAAUGUGACCAACUUCACCUGGAGCUGAAACUUGGUAAAGUUCCAUCAAUUAGCAAUGGCACUCUGGUGAUUGUUCCAUUAGUGGACGAAUUCAAAAAAAAUCGCUGGGAGGCCAAGAUUGUAGAAAGGAUGCAAAACCGAAUCAAACUGUCUGUUUACUCCCUUCCAACUUCCUGUAUUGGACGAUACAGCUUGACCGUUGUGACUUGCGGUCCAAGGGGCAGAGCCACGUCAUCAUGCAACCCUUGCAAUGACAUUUACAUGCUGUUCAACCCCUGGUGUAAAGAUGACUCUGUGUACCUGGAUGACGAGGCCCAGAGAGUUGAGUAUGUGCUGAAUGACGUGGGCAAAAUCUACUAUGGAACUAAAUGUCAGAUCGCUUGCAGAACCUGGAACUUUGGUCAAUUUGAUGAGGGAGUCUUGGCUGCUUGUUUCUUCGUGUUGGAGAAGAGCGGUGGACCUUGCACUGGAUGGAGCGACCCUAUUAACGUGGCCAGAGUCGCAUCUGCUAUUAUUAAUGCCAACGAUGACUGUGGUGUGUUGGUGGGUAACUGGUCUAACUGCUAUGGAGAUGGAACUUCUCCCACAUCCUGGUGCGGCAGCAGUGCCAUCCUGAAACAGUACCACAAAUGUGGAGGAGUACCUGUCAAAUAUGGACAGAGCUUGGCCUUUGCUGGAGUCACCAACACACUGUUGAGGUGUUUGGGCAUUCCCGCUCGUCCCGUCACAAACUUCUGUUCUGCUCAUGACACUGAUGUGUCUAUGACAGUAGAUAUUUAUCUUGAUGAGAACUAUGAUCUGAUCGAACACCUGAACCGUGAUUCAAUCUGGAACUACCAUGUGUGGAAUGAGGCCUGGAUGGCUCGUCCUGACCUCCCAUGUGGUUUUGGAGGUUGGCAGGUGGUUGAUUCCACUCCUCAGGAGACCAGCCAGGGCAUCUUCCGCUGUGGCCCCACCUCUGUUGCUGCCAUCCGCAGUGGGCAGGUCUUCCUCAAAUAUGACACGCCCUUUGUUUUUGCUGAGGUGAACAGUGAUGUAGUCUUCUGGCAGAAGAGAGCAUGUGGAACCUUCUGUGUUGUCCACGUUGACAAGAACGCAGUAGGUCACUGCAUCAGCACCAAGGCUGUUGGCUCAGACAAGCGUGUGGAUAUCACAAACCACUACAAACACCCAGAAGGUUCAGAGGAGGAGCGUCGUGCUGUGGAGACAGCCCUUCGUCAUGGCUCCAAGAAAUGCACAUACCCACUGCCCUGCGCUGAGGAUGUUAUCUGUGAUGUCACCAUGAAGGGUGAUGGACCUUGUGUGGGCAAGGAUGCCGUGCUCUGCAUCAAUCUGAAGAACAAAUGCAGCUCACCACGUAGCGUCACCCUCCACAGCCAGGUGUCGGCCGCGUACUACACCGGAGUCCACAAGGCCUUGGUGAAGAAGGACCAGACGUGCUUUGAGCUCAAGGCCUCUGAAUCCAAGGUUCUGGAGUGGGCCCUGCGAUAUGAGGAUUACAAGAAUCACCUUGUGGAUCAUUCAACAAUGAUGUUCACUGUUGCUGGACAGGUCGCUCAGACUAAGCAGAUUGUGGCCAAACGCUUCAACUUCAGGAUGUGCACACCAGAUCUGGUUAUUACUCCUGGAUGUGACUGUGUGGUGGGCAAAGAAGUGCCAAUCAAGAUCACAUUCCAGAACCCACUGCCCUGUGUCCUGAAGAAUGCCAUUUUCCGCAUUGAGGGACUGGGACUGAAGCACUGCAGAUGCAUCAACUAUGGUGACAUUGCAGGCCUGGCCACGGUGAACCUGACCGAGAACUUUAUUCCCAAGUGUCAUGGCUCUCACAAACUUCUGGCAUCCCUUGAUUGUCCUCAGCUCACUCAGGUUCAUGGAUGCGCCAACGUUGUGGUCAAAGAACACUGAAAAGGCUCUCAAAUAACUGGAGGACCGGAAAGCUUUCAGCAUGCUUUUCACAUAAAUUGAUUUGCAGAGUUAAAAAAAUGCUCUUUUAGUUAUGUAAUCUUUAGUGAAGGGUGCAUUUAAUCUCGGGAUCUUUAGAGGAUGAUUAAUGGCAUAUAUUGGUUUUUUAGGAGGUAUAUUUUUGGAAUAUGUGAUGUAUUUGUAGUUUCAGAUUGCAAAUAUUCAAUCAUUCUAAUCAUUUGCUUCCUUUUGUUAUGUAGUCAACCUAAACAACUGACAAUUUGUGGUUGUGUUCUAUGAUUUAUUUUCUUCUUUUAGCUUCACUGAUAAUCUGUCCUCCAUGUUGCCUCAAUAAAAGUCAUUUACUUGCA